AAGUGGCUCCGGGCUGGGAGCUGGCGCGCUUUGUUUCUCUCAAGCUUGCGGUUGGCGCUUAGCGCCUGGGCCGGUGGUGCUUGAGACUUGACUCUGUCCUUGUCCACGCUUCCCAGUACCGCCUGGUACUGGGAUUAGUUGAUUUCGACGCUCUCGAGGCCUUAGAUUUGCUGGGAGGGCAGUGAGGACGCUGUCUCGGCGGACGCUGAGGGGUCCCACGAGGUUUCUAAAGGUUUGUGAGUUCGCCGGAGGCUCCGUUGUGCUGGGCCUGGCAGGAGGUAGUACUUUCUCAGAACGGGGAGAGAAGUUGGUUGAACGAUUCUUUUCCCCGAAAUCAGGCUCGGGGCCCCAAGAAACACUUGAAGCGGGUUACAGCGCCUAAGCAUUGGAUGCUCGACAAGCUAACGGGUGUUUUCGCGCCUCGUCCAUCGACAGGUCCCCACAAGCUGAGGGAGUGUCUCCCCCUCAUAAUCUUCCUCAGGAAUAGACUCAAGUAUGCGUUGACUGGAGAUGAGGUAAAGAAAAUAUGUAUGCAGCGCUUCAUCAGAAUCGACGGCAAGAUUCGAACUGACAUCACAUACCCAGCUGGAUUCAUGGAUGUCAUCAGCAUUGAGAAGACAGGUGAGCAUUUCCGCCUGGUCUAUGACACCAAGGGUCGUUUUGCCGUUCACCGUAUCACAGCUGAAGAGGCAAAGUACAAGCUGUGCAAAGUGAGGAAGAUACUUGUGGGUACAAAGGGGAUCCCACACCUGGUGACUCACGAUGCUCGAACCAUCCGUUACCCAGACCCUCUCAUCAAGGCGAAUGACACAGUGGUGAUUGAUUUAGGAACUGGGAAAAUAACCGACUUCAUCAAAUUCGACACUGGCAAUGUAUGUAUGGUGAUCGGUGGAGCCAAUCUUGGCCGUGUCGGUGUGAUCACCAACAGAGAAAGACAUCCUGGUUCUUUUGAUGUCGUGCACGUGAAGGAUGUCAAUGGCAACAGCUUUGCCACUAGGCUUUCCAACAUUUUUGUCAUUGGCAAAGGUAGUAAACCUUGGAUUUCUCUGCCCAGGGGAAAGGGCAUUCGACUUACCAUCGCGGAAGAGAGAGACAAAAGGCUGACAGCUAAACAGAGCAGUGGCUAAAUUACAGUAGGGUAGCUUUUCUCUGUUCAAAUAAAUAAAGGACUUCCGAUUUCCUGA